AUGGCAAGUGGGUCUAAGGCAUGGUGGAUGUUGUCUACUGCCUUGCUGAUAUCAAACUGGGGAAAAUGGGCUUGUGGAUCCUCACCUCAAGUUCCUUGUCUCUUCCUCUUUGGAGACUCAUUGUUUGAUAAUGGAAACAAUGACGUCCUUGCCACAAACGUUAAAGCCAAUUAUCUUCCUUAUGGGAUAGACUUUCCUCAUGGGUCUACAGGAAGGUGUAGCAAUGGUUUCAACUUGGCCGAUGCUAUUGCGCGCAAAGAAGACCUGUGUGCAAAAUAUGGAGAUAUCAUUCCUGAAUACACUUUCCAACGUUCCGGAUUGAGGACUGUUUAUGUCAACACGUUAUGCGAAAUAAUAAGGGGCAUGUGCACCACCAGGGUUUCUGACAUUUCAGAAGAGAAACUUUCCUUUUGGUGGAGACACUUGAAGACUCUUCAAUUUAUAGUGAAAAAGAACAAUGAGGCUUCAGUACUCAGGGCAUAUAAACAUUUUAUAGAGAAGCUUGAUUCUAGCACCUAUUAUUCUUCUUUAACACUAUGGGAAGAGAAUGAAGAUGUUGUUAAUGAAUUGAAAAGAAGAGGAGAAGAUAGAACUGAGGGUAUUGUCAUAGUUCACGAAAAGGAGAUAAUUAAGACUAAAGAGACAUAUUACACUAACUAUAGAGAAGAUAGCAAUGAAAACCCAAAAGUUACCCUGUUCUCGGACAGAGCCUAUGCUUGGCUGUCCGAAGAAAGAGAAGAGGCAGUGAAUUCAUGGAUAUCUUCAUUAUCGAAAAUAAGCGGGCUCCCAUUCUACAAGACUUGUUGGACAAAUAUGGAGAUUUCGGAGUGA